AAGAAGAAAUUCAGAGGGGAGAGAGCGACCGGUGACGGUUGGCCACAAAAAUAAAUGCAAAGAAAAUUAAGGCCCACUUUCCCCCAGAUUCAAACCCUAACAAAAAAAUGCUCUCUUUCUCCCCUUUCUUUUUUUUUCUACUUCAAUUUCCUUUUCUAGGAACAAGCUCCGAAAUUUGAACCCAAAUCUCCCUGUCAUCCUUCCUCUUCUCCCAGUUCGCCGGAAGCCGAACCCGAUCGCCGGCGGUGGUCCUCCCAUUCUAUGUUUAGCUCUGUUUUCUCAUUUUUGCCCUUCAGAUCUAUCUCUUCUUCAAAGAUCAUGUUCGCCAGUGGCGCUUCUUCUGAUAGAAUUUCCCUAUUUUUUUACCCUUUUUUGUUUUUGUUGGGUUCCGAGUGUAUGUAGCCUACAUUAUUUAUUUUGUUCUUUUUGUAAAAUACUUCAUUUCUUCUUAUCUCUCUCUCUCUCUCUCUCUCUCUCUCUCUCUCUACCGAUUCUUCUCGUGCUUAACCCUAAGGCUUGCCUUUGAAUCUUCCGGAUUCGGAGGGGAGGCUCAUGGGACCAAGCUUUAGAGUGAAGUUCAUUUGAAAUGUGUAUAUGGGUCGAAUUGGUGAUUUUUGUCUGUGAGUUAUAAUUUGAAUUGCACUGCUUUUGGAGGUAUGAGCUGCUUUUCUUGCAUUCGUACUCGUUGUAAUGACGCCAGCAAGGUCGAAAUUGACAAUGAAACUGGAAAAGGGAAGGAAUCACAACCCAGAAGUGGAAACAACCGGAAAUGUGGGGCUGCUCGAAGCUUCCCGUUUCGCGAAUUGGCAACGGCGACGAGAGGUUUCAAGGAAGUGAACUUGAUUGGUGAAGGCGGGUUUGGAAGAGUUUACAAAGGCCGAUUAGAGUCGGGCCAGGUUGUUGCUAUUAAGCAACUCAAUCACGACGGUCUUCAAGGAUUUCAGGAAUUUAUCGUCGAAGUUCUCAUGUUAAGCCUAUUGCAUCACUGUAAUCUUGUUACAUUGAUCGGUUACUGUACCGAUGGAGACCAAAGGCUGUUGGUAUACGAGUACAUGUCGAUGGGAAGCUUGGAAAACCAUCUUUUCGGUUUGUCCCCCGAACGACCGCCAUUGAGUUGGAACACUCGAAUCAAAAUUGCUCUUGGUGCAGCCCGGGGCCUUGAGUAUCUUCACUGCACAGCCAAUCCACCGGUUAUCUACCGUGACUUGAAAUCUGCAAAUAUCUUACUGGAUGACGAGUUCAAUCCAAAGCUCUCGGAUUUCGGACUGGCAAAGUUAGGACCGGUCGGUGACAACACCCAUGUUUCUACCAGAGUGAUGGGAACAUAUGGUUAUUGUGCUCCGGAGUAUGCCAUGAGCGGCAAACUUACUCUGAAAUCUGAUAUCUAUUGCUUUGGUGUGGUUCUCUUGGAGAUAAUUACAGGUAGGAAAGCAAUAGACACCACCAAGAAACCUGGAGAGCAAAACCUGGUUGCUUGGUCUCGCCCGUUUAUUAAAGACCGGAGGAAGUUUGUUCAAUUAGUCGACCCACUACUAGAAGGAUGCUACCCUGUUCGUUGUCUACACCACGCGAUCGCAAUUGCUGCAAUGUGUCUCCAGGAGCAGCCAACAUUCAGACCAAUUAUCAGUGAUAUCGUCGUGGCUCUUGAAUACUUAGCUUCUCAGAGUUACGCAUCAGAACAACCGAGAGACGGGGCGGCGCCUAAUCCCUCCAAACUAUCUCCUCAACAAGACAGGAGUCAUGGAAAAAGCUCUACAUCCAAGUAAGGCUGGCUGCUGUAGAAGUCCUGGUAUAGCUCUAUAAGGUAUCAAUUGUCUCAGCUUAUUUCUCAUCGAUCGGAAUAUCGCUCACGAAAUAUCGUUUCGUGAGUUGAAUCGGAAUGUGGUUUGAGUUGUUGCCUUUGGUGUACUUGGUUGCAGAUGAAUUUGCAGUUGCUGGCUAGUUCAACUCCAAUCUCCUGUUUAAUAUGGAUUUUUGCUUCAUCCUUUUCAUCUUCAUCGAAUUUCUCAUUGGGCUCCACAAUUUAUAUCAUUCAAAUCAGAUUAGAUCAGAUUCUUUGAUCGAUUAACGGUCAAUUUUUUUUUUUUUUUUUUUAAUUGUGAAAAUCUGUAAAAGCAUUGAAGAAUUUCCGUAGACUAAUGGGAACAAAUGUAUUUAGUAAUAUGGAUCCAAUGAUUAUGGGCUUAAUAAUAGUAAAGCCCAGCCCAUAUGGUUGAGAUAAA